AUGGUUGUACAAAUUGUUAAGGUUAUGUUUCCUUUGUCACGCUUGCACGUCACGAAAAGUUUCCCUCUUAUGCGGUUUAUGAGUUCAUUGUCUAGUGACAGUUCUGUGAGAAGUCUUUUAUACAAGGAAUAUGGUGAGCCUGUGGAAGUACUUCAAUUCGGAGAUUCGGCUUUGGGAAAGCUGGAAGGAAAUCAGGUGCUGGUGAAGUGGUUGUUGUCACCUGUCAAUCCAGCUGACAUUAAUACGAUCCAAGGGAAGUAUCCGAGCAAGCCGCCGCUACCAGCCGUGCCGGGUAACGAAGGAGUCGGAGAGGUCGUUGCAGUUGGAACAAAUGUGCAAAACUUUAGCAUUGGAGAUCGAGUUCUUCCCAAUGGAAAUAAUCUGGGAACGUGGAGGACAAAGGGUAAUUACAAGGCCGAAGAUCUUCUAAAGGUGCCAAGCGAUAUAGACCCAUUGGCUGCGAGCGUGCUGAAGGUGAAUCCAUGCACUGCGUACCGAAUGUUACGGGAUUUUGUGCAGCUGAAGCCAGGUGAUACGGUUAUUCAGAAUGGGGGAAAUUCUGCUGUUGGCCAAAUAGUCAUACAGCUCUGUAGAAUCUGGGAUUAUAAAACCGUUAGUGUGGUCAGGGAUCGGCCAGAUAUAUUAAAGUUAAAGGAGCAACUGAAAGAGUUGGGAGCAAAUGAAGUUCUGACAGAAGAUGAAGCUCGCAAGACUGAUUUAUUUAAAAGUAAAAAAUUAGCUGUUCCAAAAUUGGCUCUAAAUUGUGUUAGUGGUCAGAAUGCCCUUGAAGUAUCUAGACAGCUUGCCAAUGGUGGCGUCAUGGUGACGUAUGGAGGCAUGUCCAGGGAGCCAGUAACUGUGCCAACAGCGUCUUUGAUUUUCAAGGACUUGACGUUCAAAGGAUUUUGGAUGUCAGCCUGGUAUAAAAAGCAUUAUGGUUCUAAAGAACAGAUCGAUAUGAUCAAUGAAAUAGCUCAGCUCUUCAAGGAGAAGAAACUGGUGGUUCCGCCACAUAAGCUCGUACCCUUAAACAACUAUCGAGAGGCUAUUGUAAACACUCUGAAUGCUGGCGGGAAGACUGGCUUAAAAUACAUCUUAGACAUGACGAACGUUUAAGAUUUGAUCAUCUUUGCAAGCUGCAUUUUGGAAGGGGAAAAUGAUAUUACGAAUUUAAAAUACAUUUAUUAAUACUUGUGCUGA